AUGGUCUUUAACACGUUCGUGUGGAUGCAGAUCUUCAACGAGUUCAACAACCGGCGCCUAGACAACAAGUUCAACAUCUUCGAGAAUGUGCAUAAGAACUACUUUUUCAUCGUCAUCAACGCAAUCAUGAUCGGCGGCCAAGUCCUUAUCAUUUUCGUCGGUGGAAAGGCCUUCUCCAUAGUUCCCAUCAACGGCGUCCAAUGGGCCAUCUGUGUAAUCGUCGCUUCCUUUGCCCUCCCUUGGGCAGUCAUUGUCCGCUGUGUGCCAGACGAAUUCGUCCGCAAGCACUGGUGCAACUUAGUGCGCGUGUUAUCCCCGCCGGUUAGAGCCGUUGUGAAGGUCAUCCCAAAGAGGAAUAAGAGGGCUGAUUACCAGAGCGAUAAGGAGAAAGGCAAGGCUGGUGAAGCUAAGCCUUGAAGGGGAGGUGGAUGAUAGGUUUGAAUAGUGACAUCUCUUUUAACUUGUGUUUUUUCGCCGACUCUAGGCUUAUAAUGCCCCGCCCCUUUGCCCGCGGCGGUGGCGGGUACUUGGUUCCCCACCCUUGCUAUGACACCGAUGGAGCUAUUCAGAGUCGAGCGUUGAUCACCGCUUGCCGUGCACCCCUCUCAAACGCGGACAAAGAAGCUACGCUACACUUUUCGUCCCGCCUGAAACAAAGAAACUUCUUCCCUCCUCUUUCUACAAACUUUUUCUUCUCACCCUCCUUUACCAAACCAUUACUUGCCUCACUUCCUCAUAUCUCUAUAUAUAUAUUCGUUGAGUUUGGCGUCCUUUUUUUCCCCUUUGAAUAUCUGAUACCAUUUAUUGCUUAUUGGUGUUUCUUUUUUCUGGAUUUUACUAUGCUUGUCGUGCUUCGUCUUGUCUUGUAAUGCAUUUUCUUCAUUCGCGGGUUACGUCAAAUUAGAUUUUUCUUGCUAUUCAUUUUGUUUUGUCUUUCUCAUUUUUCAUUCUCGGGAGUGGGGUUGGAGUUGGGGUUGGGGCUCACGAACUGUCCAUACAUAUCAUAAAUGGGUUUUUGAAGUAUCAUAAUAGAACCUGGUGCAAACUAGUAAAAAUAACGAUGAAAGUUAAAGAGUUUUCA